UCCGCGAGCAUCCAUCGUAUCUAACAAAUUACACAAAACCUGUAGAAAUAUAUACUCUUUAUAUUUACUUUGAAAUGGGCAUUAUCGAUUUGUAUACUGUCAUUCAACAAUAAAAAUUAAUACUUUGCUUUGUUUCACAGUCACAUCUAUGUUAUCAAAAUGGUAAGUUACAUUUCGGAAUCAAAAACUAAUAUUAACUUUUCUUUUGUUCUAGAUUUUUCAAAAAGAUGUCAUUUAAAUGGUAAGCUACAUUCAAGAAUCAAACGCAAAUAUUAACUUAUAUUUUGUUUUAGAUUUUUCGGAUGAAUUUCAUCGAAACGGGUCUUCAAGUGGAUGUGAUCCAAAUGACUUUUGUAGUGGAUCUCAUCCAAAUGAUUUUUCGAAUGGAUCUUAUCGAAAUGGUUCUUCAAGUGGAUGUGAUUUAUAUGACUUUUUACAUAGAUCUCAUGAAAGUGAUCCAAAUGGUAAAUUACGUUACAGCAAUCGAGAAAUUUGA